AUGCCAACCGGAGCUGGCCUACUGUCUCUUGACUGGCAGUCCUGCACGCAGACGGCUCCGCACAGCCUGCAGUGCACUGAGGAGGAGGGGGAGGAGAAGGAGGAGGAGGAGGAGGAAGAGGAAGGAAGGAGGAGGAAGGAGGAGAGCGACGACACGUGCGUCUGCGAUGUACAUGGCUUGUGGCAGCCGCACUUGCAGAUACUAAGGUACACACAGGCCUUCGCCCGAAACAUACACUGGAUGGAUGCCUUACCAAGGGGGGGGAUGGCAAUUGUUGCCCCAUCCAGAGUACUGUACAUAGUUAGUUUUAACAUCUUGCGCCCGCGAACCGACCGCUAA